AUGGCUGAUCAUCGGAAGGUACCCCCGCAGUCACAGGCUGGUGCGAAGGCUUCCGCCGCUGGGAGCCCUUACUCGAUUGAUUUGGUUAAAUUUAGCUCCCGUUUGAAAGCUCUGUACUCUCACUGGACGCAUAACAAAGUCGAUAUGUGGGCUUCUGCGGAUGCCCUAGCUAUUGCAACUCCACCGCCUUCUGAGGAUCUCCGGUACCUCAAGUCCUCAGCCCUUAACAUUUGGUUGUUGGGCUACGAGUUCCCGGAGACUGUGAUGGUGUUCAUGAAGAAGCAGAUACAUUUCUUGUGUAGCCAGAAGAAGUCAUCUUUGCUGGAGGUUGUGAAGAAACCUGCCAAGGAUGCUGUGGGUGCUGAUGUGGUGAUGCAUGUGAAGAUGAAGAAUGAUGAUGGGGGUUUGCUCAUGGAUUCGAUUUUUGCUGCUAUCCAUGCUGUGCGGAGUGGUGGCGAUUCUGGUCCUGUGGUUGGCAAUAUUGCAAGAGAGGCUCCAGAAGGGAAGCUUUUGGAGACGUGGACUCAGAAAUUGGGAAAUGAAAGUUUUCAACUUGGGGAUAUAACUGCUGGAUUGUCCGACCUCUUUGCUGUCAAGGACAAUGACGAGCUCAUGUGUGUGAGGAAGGCUGCUUAUUUAUCUGCCAGUGUGAUGAAGAAGGUUGUGGUUCCCAAACUUGAGAAUGUCAUUGAUGAGGAGAAGAAAGUGGCUCAUUCAGCUCUUAUGGAUGAGACCGAGAAGUCUAUAUUGGAGCCUGCGAAGGCUGGUGUGAAGCUCAAGGCCGAGAAUGUUGAUAUUUGCUAUCCGCCAAUUUUCCAGAGUGGUGGAGUAUUUGAUCUUAGGCCGAGUGCUGCAAGCAAUGAUGACCUGCUGUACUAUGACCCUGCUAGUGUAAUCAUAUGUGCCAUUGGAUCCAGGUAUAACAGUUACUGCUCAAAUGUUGCCAGGUCUUUCUUGAUUGAUGCCACUUCCUUUCAGAGUAAAGCUUAUGAGGUCCUUCUCAAGGCACAUGAAGCUGCUAUCAGUGCCUUGAAACCUGGUAACCCAGUUAGUGCUGCAUAUGAGGCUGCCCGCUCCUUAGUUAAGUCUGAAUCUCCUGAUCUGGUCGCACACUUGACAAAAUCUGCUGGGACUGGAAUUGGUCUUGAGUUUCGUGAGUCAGGGUUGGCUCUAAAUGACAGGAAUGAUCGGCUGGUGAAAGCUGGAAUGGUUUUCAAUGUAUCUAUUGGUUUUCAGAACUUGCAAAUCCAAUCGAAAAAUACCAAGAGCCAAAACUUCUCGUUACUGCUUGCUGAUACAGUAGUUGUUGGUGGUGACAAGACAGAAGUUGUCACCCAAGCAAGUUCAAAAGCUGUCAAAGAUGUGGCCUAUUCAUUUAAUGAUGAUGAUGAAGAAGAGGAGGUGAAGCCAAAACCAAAAGUUGAGGCUUAUAGGAGGGAGCCCGAGAUGUCUAAGACAGCACUGAGGUCUGACAAUCAUGAGAUCUCAAAAGAGGAAGUUCGGAGGCAGCAUCAAGCUGAGUUAGCUCAACAGAAAAACGAGGAAACUGCUAGGCGGCUUGCAGGUGGUGAAGCUGGAUCGGGCGAUAGUCGUGGUGCUGCAAAAUCAUCAACUGAUUUGGUAGCUUACAAGACAGUGAAUGAUUUGCCGCCUCCUCGAGAAUUGAUGAUUUUAGUUGAUCAGAAGAAUGAAGCUGUUCUCUUACCAAUAUAUGGUAGUAUGGUCCCUUUCCAUGUUGCCACCAUAAGGACUGUCUCUAGCCAGCAGGAUACCAACAGAAACUGUUAUAUCAGGAUUAUUUUCAAUUUUCCUGGGACCCCAUUCAGCCAACAAGAUGCCAAUUCCGCAAAAUAUCCAGGGGCUAUCUAUCUGAAAGAGGUUUCGUUCCGGUCCAAGGAUACAAGGCAUAUCAGCGAGGUAGUACAGUUGAUAAAAACUCUUCGGCGGCAGGUGAUGGCUAGGGAGUCAGAGAGAGCUGAGAGGGCAACAUUGGUUUCCCAAGAAAAACUGCAGCUUGCUAAUAACAGGUCUAAGCCAAUCAGACUGUCUGAUCUUUGGAUUCGCCCUGUUUUUGGUGGUCGUGGAAGGAAGCAACCCGGGACGCUUGAAGCUCAUCUCAAUGGGUUCCGCUACUCCACUUCAAGACAAGAUGAACGUGUUGAUAUCAUGUUUGCUAACAUCAAGCAUGCCCUUUUCCAGCCUGCACAAAAUGAGAUGAUCACCCUCCUCCAUUUCCAUCUCCACAACCAUAUAAUGGUUGGUAAUAAGAAGACCAAGGAUGUCCAGUUCUAUGUGGAGGUUAUGGAUCAAGUGCAAAAUAUUGGAGGUGGAAGAAGAUCCACUUAUGACCCUGAUGAGAUUGAAGAAGAACAACGGGAGAGAAUCAAGAAGUCGAAAAUCAACGGUGAGUUUGAUAGCUUUGUGUCUCGGGUUAAUGAGCUUUGGACGAAUCCUCAGUUUGAUGGCCUUGACUUCGAUCAGCCUGAGAGACAACUUGGGUUCCACGGUGUGCCUUACAAGUCCUCUGCAUUCAUCAUCCCGGCUUCAACUUGCCUGGUUGAGUUGAUCGAGACGCCUUUCCUUGUUGUCACACUAGCGGAGGUUGAGAUAGUGAAUCUCGAAAGAGUCGGCCUUGGGCAGAAGAACUUUGACAUGACUAUCGUGUUCAAGGACUUCAAGAAGGACGUCAUGCGAAUUGACUCCAUCCCUUCCACAGCACUCGAAGGCAUCAAGCAUUGGCUGGAUGCAAUCAACAUAAAGUUUUACGAGAGCAGGCUGAACUUGAACUGGCGGCAAAUACUGAAGACGAUUACUGAUGAUCCUCAGAGCUUCGUAGACAAUGGCGGGUGGGAGUUUUUGAACUUGGAGGCUACUGAUUCCGAGUCUGAUAACUCGGAAGAGUCGGACCAAGGGUACGAGCCUUCAGCAAGCGAGCCGGAGUCUGUAUCCGAAGAAGAGGAUUCUGACAGUGCAUCGUUGGUGGAAUCUGAAGAGGAGGAUGAUGAUGUCUCUGAAGCAGACUCGGAGGACGAGAAGGGCAAGACAUGGGAAGAGUUGGAGAGGGAAGCAAGCAAUGCUGACAGGGAGAAGGGGGCUGAGUCCGACAGCGAGGACGAGAGGAAGCGAAGGAAGGCGAAGACUGCUUUCGGGAGGCCAAGGCCUGGACCUCCUCCCAGUUCUUUGAAGCGUUCCAAGUUGAGAUAG